UUUGGAGUAACAACUACAUCCCAUUUUGCCAUCGCAAACUGUCUUCUUACGAAAUGAACAUACAAUAUAGGAGUUGAUAUACCAGUACACAGUAUAAAAGUAGCUGAACAUCCACACCAGGUAAAAAAAAAAAAACAACUGGAUUACGGAGGAAGACAGCAAAUAAAGCAAAUAUGUUCAUCGAAAGAAUCGAUUCUGAAUACUUCGUGUGCGCUGAGGAUCGGGGAUCUGGAGUGAUGACAAGCCCGAUAAAUUUGUCUUCUUUCUACGACAACUCCCCGCCACCGUACCAGCCCAUACACUUUACUGGGCACCCUCUUUCCAGCUCGCCGGAUUCAUAUUCACAGCCAGGUGCCGUCUGGGGCAGUGCAUCUUGCUCGAAGCAAACCAAAAACCAUUUCAGCGUUGUGAACGAUGGGACCGCUAAGGAAACCAUGAAACCGCAAUCUUAUAUGGGAGUGCGCGUGAAAAACCCGGUAAAGGAGCUGAUUAUGCAGAAGUACCGCAACCAAAGGUCCUGGAGCUCAAACAAUCAGAUCCAGGACAACGCAACCUGCCCUGAACUGUUCUUCACUGACAUCACCGACAUGAUGCUGCAGACACCAGAGUCUGGCCCCGUUUCCAUAACGACUGCACAGAUGUCUCCCCUUGCUGUGCCCCACUGCAACACUGUGCACCCCCAUGCAGACACCUCCACUGAGACCAUCGUGCAUGCCAUGUACCCCAGCACCUGUCCUGGGAGCCUGCCUGUAGCAAUGGGAAACGGCUUCCAAAUUCCGCCCUUCAUCCCCCAGCCAGACCCCCCACCUCCCUCCCAGUCCCCCUCCUGCGAUGCUCACAGUGGAACCUCCUUCUUCCAGUGGCAAAUCAAGCAGGAGGAGGAGAAAGUGGCCAGGCUUGCACUAGAGCAGCUUGUGGCCCAAGACAGCGAUGGAGACACGUUUUUGCACAUUGCCGUAGCUCAAGGAAGAAGGGCUCUAUCCUAUGUGCUUGCCAGGAACAUGGCCCAUCUCUACAUGUUGGAUGUGAAGGACCACAAUGGCCAAAGUGCCCUUCAAGUGAGUGUGGCAGCCAAUCAGCACUUGAUUGUACAGGACCUGAUUACUCUAGGGGCACAGAUCAAUACUGUGGACUGCUGGGGACGCUCCCCUUUGCACGUCUGUGCUGAAAAGGCCCAUAUCCUGACCAUGCAGGCCAUACACAAAGCUUUGGGGGCAACUGGACAGAAGGUGAACAUUGAGGCAGUCAACUACGAUGGACUGACGGCACUGCACACUGCAGUCCUAUCCCACAAUACAGUGCUGCGGGACCUGGAAGGGGAGGCUGCGCAGCAGUCUCCGCAGACGCAGGCCCUGCAGCAGAGGAGGAAGCAGCUGGGGGAGUGCGUCAGGACCCUGCUGCAAAUGGGCGCUUCUUACAGGACCGAGGACCACAAAAGCGGGCGCACUUCACUGUAUAUGGCUGCAGAGGAAGCGAACGUCGAGCUCCUGCAUCUCUUCCUGGACCAGCCCGACUCCCUGGCCAUAAUCAACGCCCAGGCCUACACUGGGAACACGGCCCUCCAUGUGGUCAGCGCGCUGUCGGGCAGGGCCACGCAGGUGGACGCGGUCAAGCUGCUGAUGCGGCGGGGGGCCGACCCCAGCAUCAGGAACCUGGAGAAGGAGCAGCCUUCCCAGGUAGUGCCGGAGGGACCCGUGGGAGAUACGGUGUGGCGUAUCCUGAAGGGGAAAGAAGAGAAGUCCAGGCCGCCCCUGUACUAGGGCAUUGGACCAAUCACCACUGUCAGUUAGGCAGUCCAGUCUGUUGUGUAUAACCAUUUGCUGGCAUGAAGCAGAUGAACAGUUGUUUCUAUGAAAAAGUUUUGAUCACUACAAUGUAGUGGGUAGUAUACGCUCUCAGAAAAAAAAGGGUUCCUUGGCUUGUCUCUGGAGGGGAGCCCUUUAUUUUUUAGUUCUUCAUGGAGCCAUCUAUGAUAGGUGUGAAAAGUAUAAAAGAUCCCAGAUUGAACCAUUUUGCCUGACAAAGAACCCUCAAAAUAGAUGAGGCUCUUACAUAGAGACACAGAGGAGGCUUCUGGGACCAUUUUUUCUGACAGUGUAGUUCUGUAAAGGUAGAAUUUUCAGCCGAGCUGGAUCGCGUUGUGGAGGAGAGGAGCGGCACUGGAAAAAUUUUAAAGGAUUUAUUUUUUGAGAGAUUCCCUAUGGUUAUUCUGUGAUUUCCUUCAACACUAAAUCAGGGUUGAUCCAUGCACAGACACAGUGACAUUAGCAGGACUCUAGAAUUAUGUGAUGUGCAUCUUGGUCUCACCGUUUUAAGACUGCCACAUGCUAUGUGACACCCCUGGGAGGACUGUGUGGCAGUUCUGGGUUUUCACCAUAAUUUGCCACAGGGAAAGAGUGAGCACCCAUACAAACCCAAAUAAACUAAAAACUUUCCCCCUUUCCCCUCACGGGUUCCAGGCAAAUACAACAAAUUAAAAUAAACUAACAAAAAAACAAACAAAACAAAAAAACUCUGCAACAGCUUCUUAGCUCGUCGCUUCGCCUUUUCAUCUGGUCCAGCCAGGUCAGUUUCACUUUGCCAUUUCCCUCUUGAACUCUCUGACUCUCAGACUCCUAAUCUCUCAACCUCUCAGACUCUUAAUCUCGCAAUCUCUCUGCGUGUGCUCCUGGUCUCCGCCCUGUACUGUGGAGAGGAACACACCUUUAAGCACCAACAAGCCAGGUGUGCUCUCUCCACCAGUAGGUGACUCAUCCGACUCUUCACUGCAGGGGUGCCCAACAAGAGCCGAUCCAUUUGAGGAUUUUGUGCCAACUUCUGCUCUUCAUGAUUUAAUUAGCUCAAUCAUAACUUGAAUUGACAGUUGUAUAAGCACCAGCUACAGCCAAGGACUGCAAGCGUAUCCUAAAGAUUUUACAGUGCUCAUGUACAGGAUUGAACCAGCAUAGAUUAUAGAGCUGUCAGAUAAUUAAAAAUAGGGUAACUGGUUGGAAGAAAAACGAGCAUGCAGAGCAGCCCUCUAGGACUGGAGUGGUGCACCCUUGGGUUAGAGCAGUCAGUCAGUCAUUGAUGGUUCCAUAGGUGCCUAUGUUUACAUGGAGACUUCCUGACCAGUGUCUGUUUAAUACGUGUAUAUUACUGUAUGAAUAUACUGUCGGUUCAUUUUCUGGUAGCUGCUCACAUAAAACUGUGGGCAGAGUUAUUUUGGCUCUCUGUGUUAAAAACGAGCGCAUGUUUAUGAAGUUAAAAAAGCAAUGAAUCUAUGUGGACAGUAGUUUCAGUAUUCUUGUAUAUUCACUGCUUUGGAUGGAUUAGAUGUCUGAUUUAUAUUUUAUAUUUACUUGUUUUUGGUUUGUUGUCUUAAGCCAACAACAAAGAAUUAGAAAUGCACCAAUAUUAACACUGAUAAGGUAUCCAUUUUCCCACUGACUACGUAUUUGUUUUGACAACCUUAAUCUUUUGUCCCUUUCUGAAGCCAGAUCAGCUUCUGCAGGUAAACAGCAGAAUGGAAUUUGAGAAGAAACUUAGUUGACCUAGUAACUAACCCUUUUCAGGUCAGGUUUUUUUGCAAUGUUUUUUCAACAGUGUUUUAGAACUCCAUUCCUUUUCAUUGCCAGUAGUGAUUGUUACAUUCUAAUCACCUAUUACACCCAUAAGGUGUAAUCUUAUACCUUUAAGGCCCAAGGUGGGGUUGGAAAAAAUAAUUAUCUCUGCAUUAAGUAAGAGCUUAAAAUGGAUUCACAGAGAGCUGAUGGCAUAGCUGCCAUUGUAUGAUUUGUUUUCAUAAGUAAAUGCUUUCCUUUGACAAAGAUAUUUCAGAGGAAGAUUUUUUCUAAGCUGUACAAGGCUGUGUUUUAUAUGAGUCUAGCGACCUGUAGUAUAAGGUCUCAUUAUUAUCUACUUUCUCUGAUAAAUGUAAAAUGAUUAAAUGUAUUGGGUACAGUGACUAUUUUCACAGAAUGGGCUCAGUUGUAUAUUAUUACAGAACGGACAUAAAUUGCCAAUGAUAUCAGGAAAUAUUCUGCUUGCGUAGUAAAAUGAGUAUUUUAGAGAAAUGCAGUUAAAUACGAAUAGGUUAGGUGAGUGUUAAAUAUAGGAUCCGGUGGUGGUGAGCCUGAAUGAAAGGUGGUAACACUGAAUGGUGGACAGUGUCAGUAGUAGGAGAAAAAGAAGAGAAGCAUAAUUAACUUGGAAGUUAAACCUUGUUUGGGCUUUUGGACCUUUUUGCUGGAAGUUAUUCGCCUUUGUUUUUCUUCAAAUAUACUGAAGAUGUUUGUUGAACUUGUAUGACUGUGAAAAUAGGAUUUCACAUAACUGAAAUAAUUUACAUUCUUGAGUUUUUGCUGUGUUGGGUGUGUACGGGCAACUGGGUCUUCACUUACUUAUCUUUGUAAAUCAUCUUGAUAGUAAAACAAUUAUGACCAUGAAGCCAUCCCUUUUAUUUCCCCAACUCUGUUCAGCAAUAUCCAUUGCUGUUCAAUAUAUUUUUGUCCCUGUCCAUGCAAUUUUGGGACAGAUCAUUAUAAAUGUAAUUGUGCCAUUACAUCAUAUUGCAAUUCUCUUGUUGUCUGCUAUACUUGAUUAAAAGAAUCAU